UUGUAUCAUAUUAACAUGAAAAUAAUAGCCUAUAAAGGACUUAUAUUUAACUUGAUUUUAAACGAAGUAGUUUCUAAAUAGAUUAAUAAAAUUAAACUAAAAACAGCAAAUAAGGUGCUCCUGCCUUUCUCAUUUUUGUGUGACGGUUCAUUCGUCCGUGUCACAGCGUUGCACCCAUCUGAGCUCUCUCUGAAACAGCGUGACGUCAAACACCAGUCAAGAAACUAAAACGCUCCUCGUCCGGCGUGCCUUUCACCCGGGAGCUGACAGCAGAGCUUAAUGCAAAUGUGCUUAUAAGGAUCUUUUUUCACUCGCUCUCUGGCAUUUGGAUUUUAUUAAAAUGGGACUAUUUGAUGCUCUUAGAGAUUUUAGUUUAUUAACGUGGCUAAGAGACGAAAGACAGUCUCGGAGGCUGAUUCUGUUGAUCGUUUUCAUUGCUUUGCUGCUGGACAACAUGCUGUUGACGGUGGUCGUGCCUAUUAUUCCAAGCUACCUGUACUCAGUGGAUGAUGAGGCUGCUCAGUCGGUCCGGAAUCAGUCCAUGUCCCCUCUGUCCCCAUCUGGCACCUUUCAAACCAUCGUGUCUCUGUAUGAUAACACAACCCGCCUGACCGGCUUCAGCCCACAGAUGAGCACGGCUAGCCCAAUGACCCCAGCCCCUACUUCUGUGAUGCCCUCUCAAAAUAAGUCUGAAUGCCCCAAAGCAGAUGAUCAGCUUCUGAAUGAGAAUGUGAAAGUGGGUCUGUUGUUUGCCUCUAAAGCAACAGUACAGCUAAUUACUAACCCCUUUAUAGGGCCCCUAACCAACAGAAUAGGAUACCAAAUCCCAAUGUUUGCUGGUUUCUGCAUCAUGUUUGUGUCAACCAUAAUGUUUGCGUUUUCAUCGAGCUAUACGUUGCUGUUUUUGGCCAGAUCUCUACAAGGUGUUGGCUCCUCUUGUUCUUCUGUGGCAGGUAUGGGGAUGCUGGCAAGUGUUUACACAGAUGAUGAGGAAAGAGGAAAUGCUAUAGGAAUUGCCCUGGGAGGACUAGCCAUGGGAGUUCUGGUUGGCCCUCCGUUUGGAAGUGUCAUGUAUGAGUUUGUUGGUAAGACGGCUCCUUUCCUUAUCCUGGCAGUGCUGGCGGUGCUUGAUGGAGCUCUGCAGCUAUUUGUGCUUCAGCCUUCUAAAGCUGAUCCAGAGAGCCAAAAAGGAACAUCAAUUAUUACCCUCAUGAAGGAUCCAUACAUCCUCAUCGCAGCAGGUUCCAUUUGUUUUGCUAACAUGGCCAUUGCUAUGCUGGAGCCAGCUCUGCCCAUCUGGAUGAUGGAGACAAUGUGUCCCAGGAAAUGGCAGCUAGGGGUUGCGUUCCUGCCAGCCAGCAUCUCAUAUCUAAUAGGGACCAACAUCUUUGCCGUUUUGGCUCACAAAAUGGGAAGAUGGCUGUGCUCACUUAUAGGGAUGCUUCUGGUUGGAAUCAGCAUUCUCUGUGUGCCUCUUGCAAAAGACAUAUACGGACUCAUUGUGCCAAACUUUGGAGUUGGAUUUGCCAUAGGUAUGGUGGACUCCUCUAUGAUGCCUAUCAUGGGUUACCUGGUAGAUCUGAGGCAUGUGUCUGUGUACGGUAGUGUGUAUGCCAUUGCUGAUGUUGCCUUCUGCAUGGGCUUUGCAAUAGGUCCAUCAGCAGGCGGGGCGAUUGCACGGAGCAUCGGCUUUCCCUGGCUCAUGACCAUCAUUGGUGUAAUAGACAUCCUGUUUGCUCCUCUCUGUUUCCUUCUGCGAAAUCCUCCUGCCAACGAGGAAAAGAUGGCCAUUUUGAUGGACUCUAACUGUUCAAUGAAGACCCGUUCCUACUCCACCCAGGGCUCCAGCUACCAAAUGGGUGAGGAUUUUGAUCCAGAGAGCCCUGAAUAGGCCUCAUCCAAGCCCUCGGCCAUGUAUGUCACCCAGAGUAUCUAUUUUGUUGUAUGAAAGAGGAAAACCACAAUGCUAACUUGUGAGAAUGUCCCUUAUCUGUCCCGCACUGUCCUGUGGUCGUGAUGGUCAUGUUCUUCUGAAGCAAACCAAAGUUGUUCUUGUUGCCAUUUGUUCUCAAUGUGGGAGAGGUGAAAUAUCUAACCAACAGCCUUAUCAAUAUGGAUAACACUUGUGUGUGAUUUAAAAUGUAGGAUUUGAGAGAGGAUAAAAGAUAAACCCUUAACUACAAUUUUAUUCAGCAUGACACUAUUCAUAUUUUCUCUUUCAAAAGUCAGACAGGGUAGUUGAAAAGAUUCAUUCAGUGUGACGUAACGGACAGAUAUGUAUUGGAUAUUUAUUGUUUGUCUGUGGUGGUAGGAAAGUAUGGUCUUCAUAUAUGUAUCUAUCAGUCCUGUUGAAGUCUUUGCAUAGGCGUAAACGUCAGUGAAGGUGGAAUCGAGUCAGUUAAAUGGAUUAUAUCACACCUUGAAAUGGGCCUUAAAAUGUUGCUAUUGGUAUCAUAAUCAGUUCAAACUGCUGAACAGCUGAAGAACAUUUUAGGCAAAUUAAAACUUUAAUUUUUACAUUUGGGAUCGAUUUCUUUAAAUCUGGUACAUUAAUUGAUUCCAUUGCUGUUGUUUUAAUUUAGGCUUUUGAGAGUAGAUUUUAAUGUUACCUUGCAUUGGAGUGUAGGUCCCAAGCUUUUCAAAAUAUGUUGUUGUUUUUUUUUUUGCUUUUUGAAAAAGCAAAAGGUCUGACAGCAUCAGGUAAUCAAGCAGAAUGUCCUCCUGUCAUGUUCUGUUUGUGUGACUUGCGUGAUGUUGCUAAAAAUUAUGUACUGUAUUAUCAAAGAUGAGCCACAGCUACAUUUUGAAUUGUUUCAGUUUAGUUAAAUAAAAGUAAAUUAUUGCUGUAUGCAUCCAGAUACUUUAGGUACUUUAGAAUUAUAUUUUGCUUUUAAAAUGUAUAUAGUAUAUAUAUAUAUAUUUAUAUAUUUUAGUAAGUCUUUUGAAUGUGCUGAAAUGCUAUUCUGUUCAUUUGUAAAGAAUGCCUCAAUACUGCUCUUUCCCAUAUUUGAUUUUCCUUUUGUGUUAUUAAUCUUUUUAAGAACUGAAUUGGCUGUUAAAUUAAACAUGGCCUUACAUUAAGCUCCUUAAAGCCAUAUAUAUAAAAUAUACUGGGGUUUUAUGAAGAAUAUAAAUAUUUAUUGAGUUUAUUUAUUUGUCUGAGGCAAUGAGCUUAGUCAAUACAGGUGUCUGUGCAGGGUCAAUGGUCUUUUUUAUUUAUUAUUUAUUAUUAAAUUAAUACACAUUCUAUGCCUUAAAAUCAGACAACCUGCUGCAAACACUUUUUAGUGUACUUUAAUUCAGAAACAGUCUUAUUGUUUCAUGGACCCUAUUCGUCAUAUGCUAAUUGACAGCUUAAUCUAAUAUUAAAAACAUGUCUAAUUCCCAUCUUUUGUUUAUCAAUUAGAUAAUAUCAGGCUUUUUCUUAUGGGUUGAACUAGUUGGUUUUGGAGGUAAUCCUUCCAUCCCUCCUAGAGUUAAACAGUUGAGUUUUUACAGUUUUCGAAUCCAUUCAGCCGAUCUCCGGGUCUGGUGGUAGCACUUUUAGCUUAGCUUAGCAUAGAUCAUUGAAUCUGAUUAGACCAUUAGCAUCUCGAUAGCAUCAAGGAACUUUGCUGACAUACCAUGGGUACGACAGGCGCAAGAAUAUUAUUCAGUGCCUGAAAAUAGUCCCAAACUAGCUGGGGACUAUUUUCAGGCACUGCGUAAUAUCAAUGUGCCUGCUGCACCCAUGGUAUGGCAGCAAAGUUCCUUGAUUAUUACGCAGCGAGAUUAUAGUUCCUAUCCAUAUCAGCCUAGAAAAUCGCAACUUUUCAUUUUCCGUCGGUCUUAGUAAAUGAUGUAACUACAGAAGUGUCCAGUAUUAAAUAGGAGAACUAUAAAAGCGCUUUGGUCAUUUUUGAGCAAGAUACUAAUGGUCUAAUGACUCUAAUCAGAUACAAUUAUCUAUGCUAAGCUAAGAUAAAAGUGCUACCACCAGACCCAGAGAUCCGCUGAAUGGAUUAGAAAAUGGUAAAAAUCAACUGUUUAACUCUAGGGGAGUUGGAAAAUAAGCCUAUUUUCAAAAAAAUUGGAGUGUUCCUUUAAGCAUCUGCACAACCGGAGGAUGUUUGUAUUAGAUGUGAUGAUGUGCGCUGAUCCCAAUCUGCUAUCAUUACAACUGCAGUUCUGGACAGAACAAAUGCAAGUGAGUCAGCAGACAAAGUUUGCCAUUGACGCUAUACAGGUCGAUUCCACUAUGAUCUAAAACAAGAUCAGAUUUUUAAACGCAAACACAACUAUAAGGUGUCUACGCAGGUUUAAUCAGAUUGGUAAAUGUGCUGCCAAUGUUUGAGUUGCAGCAGUGUCCUUUAACCGCAAUGUCAUUUUUAACCUGUUUACCCAGUAAGGGUUAAGAAGAGUAUUAUGUCAUUUAUUUUCAAAUUGUUUUUUUUUUUUCUGAAAUUUGUGUAUGUGCCAACGUCAGUGUGUGCCUUCAGACUGGUAUAUCUUGUUUGUGUUUACACUAUAUCAACUAGGAGGUUGAGCUGCUGGUUUUAUAUCCAGUGUUUAGUCUGGUGGUUAGGUUUUACAUCAGCGUUAGAGCUCUGACGAUAAUGUAUGUGUGUGUGUGUGACCACAGCAGAAAAUAAAUGUUUAAAAAGA